AUGUUACAAAAAAGCCAAGAAUUCAACAAAAACAGAUUUCUUAUUACAGAACGCAAUAAACAUACAAAGACUAUAAAAAAAGAAAAGGAAAAAUUUAGAACAUUUGUGAUUAAUCGUUAUAUUGAAUAUGUGAAAAAUUACACACGUGUUCUAGAAACUAGAUUUCCUUCGGCAAUGAAAAUGUACAGAGUAUUCAGUAUUGGUAUAAAGGAUUUUCUUAGAGAUCUGAAAACAUAUAUUACAUUGAGGAUCAAGAUUGCUAGAGAUCAAGGAUUUUCUAAUAUGAGUCGCCAGGAUAUUGAGCUUUAUGAGAAGAUGCCGACAGACAUGUGGCGAAUUGCACCAGUAUUAAUUUUGUCCGCAAUACCAUUUGGAAAUUAUAUAAUAUUUCCUCUAGCGUUUCUUAAGCCCAGAAAGUUAUUGUGUUCUCAUUUUUGGUCCAUUCAACAAAGAGUUGAGUUUUCUAUGCAAGAUUUAACAGAGCGUCUAAGAUACAACAGGGCAGUAUUCAGAGCUCUUCAGGAAAGACUAGAUACAAUACCAGAAAGCAGCAUUAAAGAAAAAUGGGAGAGAAUAAUUGCUCUCCUAGGCUCUGGUGUUCAUCCAACCGCAAAUGAUAUAAUAGAAUGUAAAGAAUUGUUUUCAAAAGAACCAUACAACAUGAAAAACCUUACUUAUGCGCACAUGGGAAGCUUGCUAAGAAUGCACGGAUUAAAGAAAAGUAUAUUCAGAAGGAAAAAAUUGAAGUACAGAGCUUUUCUCUUACUUCAAAUGGAUAAAGCUAUCAUUAGGGAAGGUGGUGUCGAGAUGCUUGGUUCAGAAUCGUUAAGGAAUGCAUGCCAAAUACGCGGUUUAAAUGGUAGCCAUUUAUCAAAUCAAAAUAUGAAAGAUUGGCUUCAACAGUGGUUACAAGUGUCUCAGAAUGUUGAUUCAAUGGCUCAUGUCGGCAGUAAAAAACCAAUUGAUAAGGACAAACUCGCUUCAUGGCAUGUCGAAUGUGAAUUGGGUAUAAUCACAGAUAGCGACUGCCCCAUUGAUGGAGGGUGGUCUUCUUGGAGUUCAUGGUCGGAAUGUCAAGGCGCAUGCGAUAAGACCGGUCACCGGAAACGAACAAGAGAGUGCGUCAAUCCGCCACCAUCUAAAGACGGUUUGCCUUGUAGUGGAUCAGAUCAAGAAUUGGAAACCUGCUACCUUAACAACUGUAACGUGGAAGAUUUUCGAAAAAUCGUAAAGGGUGACCCGGCUAGAAUUGCGGGUUUAAAUCAGCUGGAAGCCGUGCCGGCUGUGGCCGACCGUUGCUUGCAAAUGGAAUGCCCCUUUGAAGCAAUUGAAGCUGGAUUGACGAACGAAAAUACUUGGCAAUUAAGUGCUGAAGAAUUGUGGAAUGCUUUACAGUGUGUCAAAAGGAAUUUGGGAUGUCCUGUUGCCGGACAGUGGAGUAUUUGGGAUUCGUGGUCAAACUGUGGUGCUCGUUGCGGGAAAGGAUUACGGUGGCGUCAGAGGAAAUGUGAUGCUCCUCCACCUUCCGAUGCCCGGCUUAUGUGCUCCGGUGCUCCGCUACAGUAUGAAGAAUGCGAAGGCGACCAGUGUGCUAUUGACGAUCCAAAGUUGGAGUAUUCACCAACCGGAGCUUGGAGUCCAUGGGGUCAAUGGACGGAUUGUUCAGAACACUGCGGUAUCGGUAUACGUCACCGAAAAAGACAAUGUGUUGAAAAACAUACCUCCCAUUCGCUUUUUGCGUGGAGAACGAACUGCCGUGGUCAACACGAUCAACUUGAAGUCUGUUCGAGCAAAAACUGCAAUUUAGAUGGUGGUUGGUCGGGUUGGGGUCCUUGGGGAGCAUGCUCGAAGACAUGCGGAGCCGGUAAGCGAUCUAGAUCUAGAUCGUGUACAAGACCUAUACCGUUCGGCGAAGGUGCUAACUGUUUCGGACCACGUACAGAAAUCGGCACUUGCCACCGAAAACCCUGUGACGUGUACUCAAACACUGUAGCGCUAUUCAACGGCGAUUCAGUACUUGAAUACAAUUUCACCAAAAGACACUCAACAUUCUUUCACUUCUACAUUCGUUUUAUGCCGUUGUCUCCAACUGGUACUUUAGUCCGUCGAGACAAAUUGACAUAUCCAUUCAUACAACUACUAUUGCAUAAGUGGCAUUUGUGCUUAGAUGUAAGUGGAUCGUCAAAGUGCGUAUUACCAAGAAUAUGUUCACCUAACGUUUUAGCUCCUGCAGUCUGGCAAUCGGCAUUAGUGACUUUUACGAAUAAUGCAGCAAUUCUAAGGAUUAAUGAUGCUCAAAUUCCUCUGAAAUGUUCUGUAGCAUGUGAGCCCCAGCUGACUAAUGACUUUGUAGCCAUACACGUCGGUGAAAGAUUUCACGGUGCCGUGCAAGAAAUAAUACUAAAUUUUAUUCCAUUAAGUAUGUUCAUAGAAAAGGAACGCCAAGUGAGAACAACAAACCUCUUUCCUGCGUUCGCGUCAAACAUAAUCUAUGACAAAGCUAAUCUGGAAGAAGCUUUUAUUACACUAGAAAAUUACUACUACCUACGACUACCUUGUUUUUAUAAAGGCGAAGAAAGUUGGCAAAUAAAAUUGACUGUGAAGCCAAAAACGGACAACGGUCUCAUUUUAUUUAUUUACGACGAUUCAAGUAAUUGGAUCUUAAUGUCAUUACAAAACAUGCGUCUAAAACUUAAACUUAAGUUAGGUGAACAUAAGUCAGAAGUCAUAAGCUCGUCUGAAUAUCAACCUGACCAUUGGCUAGAUCUAACCUUAUCAAGAAAAAAGUCUGCAAAUAUUUUAGAAGCUACAAUAAAUAAUGGAGAACACCUUCAUCUAGAUUUAACUGAUAAAAUAAUGAAGACGGGAAAUCAGAUGUUUAAGCGUCAAAAUUAUAUCGUGCAGAACACGACAGAGGUACUUGAUGACAUCUGUGAUAGUAGUGAAGAGAAGUACGAAAACGUUUUGUAUAAGCAAAAACGUUUUUCAUUUAUUCAUUGCGACGAAGAGUUUUUUGUUGGCUUUAUACCAUUCUACUUAAAAAAGAACAUAUCCGAGGAAGCCAUACCAUUUUCAGGCACCAUCGCCUCGAUACACCUAAAUGGCGCUCUAUUCAACCUGCAAGAUUGCAGCAUGGAAAGAAAUAUAGAAGACACGAUUCAAUUAUCCUCGCGGACAGCCAGCAUUUCCGGUUCGUAUCAGGAAACCGUUUGGGGUAAAUCGAAAAAGAUUAAUUUAACCUGUUUCUAUUCAAAGACACAGAGUCUAUUCAAGAAUAAGAGUUAUUGGUUAUUUUUAGAUACCGGUAUAAGGGGUAUUUUCAAAAAUACGAACGUAACAUGGCAUGAUAAUGGUAGAAUACUCAGAUUGGCUCUACCAGAAAAUAAGGAACUGAGAGGUUUUUAUUCGUGUCGAUCUUUUUAUAAUAAGAGGACGAGAAAUCUAAUCACAUAUGGCGUAAUAGGGAAAGUUGAGAAUAAGUUUUCCGGGCCCGAUCUUACUACUGCUGCCGCCGUCUUCACAACUCUAUCUCUUGUUAUAUUUACAUUAGGUUGGCUUAUAAUAGAGGGAAUAAAUGAUCUUCGAGAGGGUCACGGCUUUUUUAGAGAUAUAAAUUUGACGCCAGAAAAAGAGGCGGAAGCCGUUUGCAAUUAUAUAGAUAAAAACAUUCAUCUUUUGGGUUCAAAGAGCGCAGCUAAGUUGGCCAAAGCCAGAGCGAGGCGCAAAGCCAGACAACUGGCAAGCCGGGCCAGCUUCGCGGCUCAAGAGCCAGAAGGAUUAUUGCAAAUUGACAACAACACAGAAGAUCAAGCUCAAGCUAUCGAAGAAGAAACACCAAAGGAGCCGUUGCCUGCAUUACCAGCAUCUCAAUGUUUCGUGACUGAACCAUUUCAUCAGGUCUUUAGAUGUGAGCCUUCCUAUGUUAGUUCCCCUCGACACGGCUCUAAUAUAACUUCACCUGAGACAAAACUAACAUCAUCCUCAUCUUUAGACACAUCACCAAGAAACCUUUGCUCCAGAUUAUUACUAAAUAGAUUCAAGUAUUCAUCGAAGGAGAGCUUACGGUCCAAAUUAUUGCCCAGAAGUAAAAGGGAAAGACAUUCUAAUGCAACUCAACUACUAACUAUAAAAUCAUCAACACUCGUCAAUUUAUCUCCGGCUCAAAGAAUAUUGCAGAAGUUCCACGAAUUGAGGCCAGACGAUACGUAA